AGCGCUGGGGUUGGCGGCCCAAGCCCCGACCGAGGCCAGCAUGUCCCCGCAGAGGAUCGUGCGUGUGUCCCUGGAGCAUCCCACCAGCGCCGUGUGUGUGGCUGGCGUGGAGACCCUCGUGGACAUUUACGGGUCGGUACCUGAGGGCACGGAGAUGUUCGAGGUGUAUGGGACCCCCGGUGUGGACGUCUACAUCUCUCCUAGUAUGGAGAGGGGCCGGGAGCGUGCGGACACCAGACGGUGGCACUUUGAUAACGGGUUGGAGAUCAUCGUGGUCAUGAACUCUCCCAGCAACGACCUCAAUGACAGUCAUGUUCAGAUUUCCUACCACUCCAGCCAUGAGCCCCUGCCCCUGGCCUACGCAGUGCUCUACCUCACCUGUGUUGACAUCGCUCUGGAUUGUGACCUGAACUGCGAGGGCAGGCAGGACAGGAGCUAUGUGGACAAGCGGCAGUGGGUCUGGGGCCCCGGAGGGUAUGGAGCCGUCCUGCUGGUGAACUGUGACAGGGAUGAUGUGACCUGUUAUGACCAGGACAACUGUGACCGGCACGUGAACUGCCUGCAAGACCUGGAAGACAUGUCCGUCAUGGUCCUGAGGACGCAAGGCCCUGCCGCCCUCUUCGACGACCACAAACUUAUCCUCCACACUUCGAGCUAUGACGCCAAGUGGGCACGGGUCUUCCACGCCUGUGGUCCCGAAGACUCGUGUGAGGCCUACCGGCACGUGCUGGGCCAGAACAAGGUGUCGUACGAGGUGCCCCGCUUCCACGGGGACGAGGAGCGCUUCUUCGUGGAGGGCCUCUCGUUCCCCGACGCCCGCUUCACGGGGCUCGUGUCCUUCCACGUCACUCUGCUGGACGACUCCAACGAGGAUUUCUCCGAGUCCCCGAUCUUCACCGACACCGUGGUGUUCCGCGUGGCGCCCUGGAUUAUGACGCCCAGCACCCUGCCGCCCCUGGAGGUGUACGUGUGCCGGGUGCGGAACAACACGUGCUUUGUGGACGCGGUGGCGGAGCUGGCCAGGAAGGCUGGCUGUAAGCUGACCGUCUGCCCACAGAAGGAGAACCGCAAUGACCGCUGGAUCCAGGACGAGAUGGAGCUGGGCUAUGUCCAGGCGCCACACAAGACUUUCCCGGUGGUCUUUGACUCCCCCAGGAACGGGGAACUGCAAGAUUUCCCUUACAAAAGAAUCCUGGGCCCAGAUUUCGGCUAUGUGACUCGGGAACCGCAGGACAGCUCUGUGAGUGGCCUGGACUCCUUCGGGAAUCUGGAGGUCAGCCCCCCAGUGGUGGCCGAUGGGAAAGAGUACCCCCUGGGGAGGAUCCUCAUCGGCGGCAACCUGCCUGGGUCCAGCGGCCGCCGGGUCACCCAGGUGGUGCGGGACUUCCUCUAUGCGCAGAGGGUACAGCCCCCAGUGGAGCUCUUUGUGGACUGGUUGGCCGUGGGCCACGUGGAUGAGUUUCUGAGCUUCGUCCCUGCGCCCGACGGGAAGGGCUUCCGGAUGCUCCUGGCCAGUCCCAGCGCCUGCUUCAAGCUCUUCCAGGAAAAGCAGAAGUGGGGCCACGGCAGGGCCCUCCUGUUCAAAGGGGUUGUUGGGGAUAAGCCAGUCCACACCGUUUCCAUCAACCAGGUCCUCUCCAAUGUAGACCUCAUCAGCUACAAUAAGUUUGUGCAGAGCUGCAUCGACUGGAACCGGGAGGUGCUGAAGCGGGAGCUGGGCCUGACGGAGCGGGACAUCGUGGACAUCCCCCAGCUCUUCAAGACCGAGAGGAAAAAGGCGGUGGCCUUCUUCCCUGACUUGGUGAACAUGCUGGUGCUGGGGAAGCACCUGGGCAUCCCCAAGCCCUUCGGGCCCAUCAUCAACGGCCAGUGCUGCCUGGAGGAGAAGGUGCGGUCCCUGCUGGAGCCGCUGGGCCUGCACUGCACCUUCAUCGACGACUUCACCCCGUACCACAUGCUGCACGGGGAGGUCCACUGUGGCACCAACGUGCGCCGGCAGCCCUUCUCCUUCAAGUGGUGGAACAUGGUGCCCUGAGCCUGCCUCACCCGCCCCCAUGAUGCUCUCCCCACCGGGAGGACAUCUGCCGGCCUUGAACAAUAAGCAUCAAGAGACCCCCAAGGUUCCAGAUAGCACGCUGGGGGGGGGGGGGACUGUCUCUCUCAGAAGCCUUUUCCCUAGAAGUGUUCACACAUCACUUGCAACCGAUUUGGUUCUCGAACUUGAUUCCUGUUGGCCCUCCCAAGAAGAAAGACCUCACUUCUUGCGGCCUCUCCUGAGGAUCAACAUGACUAAUGGGGACUCCUCCAAACCUCCCCCUUCUCGUCCCCAAAUCCUCCGUGUGGGAUCUUAUUUACUUUGGGAUCUAAAAACAUUCAUGCAUCUCAUCUGCCAUCUUGACCUGUGCGUCCUAAUUGAGGAAGGACCUACA